GAGAACGUGUAGGACAGUGGUGUAUGAAGAAUACCCCAUGCUUUACAAAAAAACCUCUUUUCUGUGGGUGGAAAAUCAGGCAAUGCUCUAGAUUUCUCAAGAAUCGAAAUGGUCCAAUGUUGCUAACAAUGACAACUCCAGCUGUUCGGAUGUUUCGCAAGUUAGAGGGUAUGUUUUGUGUUUACAAACCCUACGGUGUGCACUGGAAACUAGUACGUGACACUAUCGAGACAAAUCUUCUUAAAGGUAUAAACGCUACACCUUCUCAGCCACUUCCUCACGAAGUUCGCUUCUUGACGCACUCAAACAGCGGGACUGAUGGGCCCAAAGGACUCGUGCUGUCUGUCGCCUCAGUACCUGUACUAUCCAAGCACCCUUUGGUGAUGGGACCUGAAUUCCGUCAUAUUCGAGUUGGAGUAGGACAUCGCCUGGAUGUUACAUCGUCUGGUGUUCUGGUUCUUGCUGUCGGGGAUGCAAACAAAGCCCUGAAUCAUCUCUAUACAACACGAGUCACAAGGGAUUAUACAUUGGAAUGUCAAUUUGGGACUGCAACACACGAUUUCUCUGACAGGGGUCGAGUUGUGGAAAAGACCACUUAUGAUCACAUCACUCAGGAUAAGCUGGAAAGGGUGAUUGCAAUGCUGGAGGGAGCCAAUCAAAAAGCCUUAAGAAUGAAUUCUAAUGUGGACAUGAGCUCACAGGAAGCCUAUGAGAUGGCUGUACAAGGUUUACUGGGUCCGGAUGGCAAAUCUGUUCCGAUUUUAACAGGCUUGCGUUGCAUUCACUUUCAGCCUCCCAACUUUACUUUAGAGGUGCAGUGCCUAAAUGAAACUCAGAAAUAUUUGCGUAAAGUUGUGCAUGAGAUAGGACUUGAGCUGCGCAGCACAGCAGUGUGCAAGGGAGUGAGACGCACCAGAGAUGGACAUUUCACCCUGCAGGAUUCCCUCAUACAUCGCCACUGGUCCGCUGCUGAUAUCAUGCAGGCCAUCCAACAGUAUCACUCCUCAACAAAAACAAGAAAACACUCCAAGCUACAAAUCGAUGAACCGGCAUUACAAGCUGAAAGAAGCAACUCAUCUGAGUCAACCGCUGGUCAAUAAAUAGAAAACCGACUAAAUGAGCCUAAACUGCCAUCAGUGUGUGAAUGGGUGAAUGUGUUGUAUAUUGUAAAGCGCUUUGGGUAAAAGCAAUAUAUAAAUACAGACCAUUUACCAUUUAAACAUUGCUUCCCUUUUUCACAGUACAGCCCAGUUGGAAAAGAUAUUUGCAGAACAGAUGCUUAUAUAUGAUCAAAUAGGACACAAAUGAUUGUUAUGGAUUGAGUAAAUAUUCACAUUUAUCCCUAUACAUCCACAAUAUGUCUCCUUUUGUUCAGUUAACUUAUUCCAUCAAUACUGAUUACUAUAUAUAUAUAUAUAUAUAUAUGUGUGUGUGUGUGUGUGUGUGUGUGUGUGUA